CAUUUUCCCACCCUUUCUCUCUCUCUCUCUCUUCUAUUCUCUUCUCUUCUCUCUGCCCCUUCGGUUUGCCCUAGUAUCUGGGACUGGGAUUUGAUUUUUGGGGCAAAUCGAUCGAAACAAUAGAGAUUGAUCUCGUUCGACGCUACGCUGCACUGAGAGCUCUUCUUCGUCAAUGCUUUUGCUCUGGAGAUCUCUUCUUCACUGAGGACCUGAAACGACCUUUCGUCAAUCGUGUUUGAGACCAAGAUAUGGCGAAGGUUGCUCCACCUGGUUCUCUACCUUCCACUUCCAUGAAGAUUGGUGGUGGGACUUUGAAGGCUGGUGCAACAGUGAAAAGAAAGACACCAUCUGAACUGAGAGGAGAGCAGCGGAUGAAUGCAAUGGAGAUUAGUGAUGAAUCUCCAGCUCCUUUGCUUGGUUCCACAAGUGAGGUGGAAAAUGGGCUUAAGAAACCAGAACUGUUCAGGAAUCCUAGAUACACUGACAUUCGUAUGGAUGAAGUGUAUGCUGCAAAAAAAUCUAAGUUCAGGACUCUUUCUGGAAAAGAGAAUGCUAAGGGAAAUAUUUCAGUGGAGCAACCUAGCAGCCUGAAGAAUGUUUCUGUGGUCUCAAGUUUGGUUUCCAAGAGAAAACACCAAAAUUUCAGUCCAGAGACUGUAGCUUCUGAUAAAAACACUGAAAAUGGUGUGGCGCAAGCUUUUCAAACAAUUGGAAAGUGUAGUCAAAGUACUUUCCGUAGUGUUACUGAGCUUUCAUCAGGCGGUGACAGAUUGUCUGGUUUUGCAACUGUCGAUGUGGAUAAAGCGUUAAAAGGAAUGGCUGCCCAUGAAUCCUCAGUCACCACUGGUUUACCUGCUUAUUCUUUUGAAAGAUGCCGGGAUCUUACAUCAACUGGUUCAGGCAACUUUUGCUUACCUGGUGCAAAGGUUCCUCUGGAUUUUACUUUGAAAACUAGUAUGCGGGUGGUGUCCUCUUCCCCAGUGAAUUGGAUUCAUAGGUCAGUAACGUGCGGAGCCUACACUACUAUGCCUUAUCUCAAGUUCCAGUCUAAUUCUUAUGAGGAUCAAAAUAGGAGCCACAGCUCAGGGCUCACAUCAACUUCCCAAGUCAUUAGUUCUAAACUUCUUCAUUCAUGGGUUUACCCUCAAUCUACGCUACCACCUUCUCUUAUACAAGUGUUGACCUCAUCAACAGCUGAGGGAGCGGAAAUGGAAUUCUUAAGAAAACGACAGGUAGCAUGGGAGGACUCAUUUCAAAGUCUUUACUACAUGCUUCGCAAUGGGACCUGUAAUAUCUUUUAUGUGUGUACUCCAUAUUUUGUGGUGAUGUUCACUGGUUCUGACGUCGCUGGAGGCUCAAAACGCUUCAACAAUGCUUAUAUCUCACAGUCAACAGGAGCCUUGCGAUCAUUGUUAAGAGAGCAUGACGUUUGUUUCUCUAUGCCUCUUUGCCGUUCUAAAGUAGAGCAAGUCGCUCAAGAUGUUCUUAUUGAGCUCUCAGAGAUGGAGAAGCAGAAUUUCAGCCAGACUCGGCGCUCGAGUUCCUUGUCUGAUAUAGAUAAUACUCCGGAAUCAUUGCUUGUUUUCAGUGGCAAUACGAACGUACAUGGUCUGUUCGAUAUUUUGUUAAAUUAUAGAUCUUUCUUGACUGUCUUGAUGGGAAUAGAUGUUCCUGUAUUAUAUUCACCUUUGCCAUUUCAGAAUGCUGCAAUUUCUUCUCCAGAGGUUAAAUGCAUGGAAUUGAAAAGACCGGACCAUAUUGUUGCUCCCAAUAAAGGAUCCAUCAUUAAUGAUGAUGGAUCCAUUAAAAGCUCAUCAGCCGGUCUCUGCUCAAGUGUUGAAAUUAAGGACGCAUAUCUUCCACCAUGGAUCAUUUGCAGCCUAUGUGCCAUAAUGGGCUCUGAAGGGAAAAGCUUUGAGGCGAGCUUUAUGAAUGAACCUACCUCAAACGGUUUGAAUGUUGCUAUAGAAGCAGUUCCUGAGAAAUCUGAUUGUCAAGGUGCGGCAGCUGAAGACUUGCAAGAAAGCACUUAUGCAUAUGGUAUUCCAGAAGCCACUGUUACUCCUUACUUGCGCAUGGGAUUAUUGGAAACUUUGAAGUUCUCAAAUGGUUCUUAUUCAGCUUCUCUUUCUUCGGCUUUAGAAGCCGACUAGAAAUACAAUAAUUUGUUUUCACAAUGUUUCUGGCCGAUUUCAAUUCUUUAAUUUUAACUAAUUG